GUCUAGAGUGAAAACUGUCAACAAACAAACCGGAGUUUUCCCAAAUACAAUUUGAGGAGUUCAACUGAAAUCCAUAACCAACCCCACAAAUUUCUUGGACGAAAGCUUAGAGAAAAACACCAAAAAUGGCUGAUGAACUAAACAAAGCUGCUUCAGAGGAAUACAAAACGUCAUCUGUAGAAGACGGAGGUGAGGAAGGAGAGAUCGUAGGGGAAUCGGAUGAUACGGCCUCGUUUUUAGGGAAACAAAUCACUAUGAAACAUCCACUAGAACAUUCUUGGACAUUUUGGUUCGAUAACCCUUCAGGGAAAUCGAAACAAGCUGCUUGGGGUAGUUCCAUUCGCCCCAUUUACACCUUCUCCGCUGCUGAAGAUUUUUGGAGUGUGUACAACAACAUCCACCACCCAAGCAAGUUGGCCGUGGGUGCAGACUUCCAUUGUUUUAAAAAUAAAAUUGAGCCAAAGUGGGAAGAUCCUGUAUGUGCCAAUGGAGGGAAGUGGACGAUGAACUUUUCUAGGGGUAAAUCUGAUACCUGCUGGCUGUAUACGCUUCUGGCACUGAUUGGAGAGCAAUUUGAUUAUGGAGAUGAAAUUUGUGGAGCGGUUAUUAAUGUUCGAGUUAGACAAGAAAAAAUAGCUCUGUGGACCAGGAAUGCUGCCAAUGAAACAGCUCAGGUGAGCAUUGGUAAACAAUGGAAAGAGUUUCUGGAUUACAAUGACACAAUUGGCUUUAUAUUUCAUGAUGAUGCAAAGAAGCUUGACAGAGCUGCCAAGAAUCGUUAUUCCGUGUAGUUCUACCGUUACAACAGGGAAUGCAAUCAAUACAGUUACAGUGGUAGUAUACUUGUUUACUGAAGAAUCAGCAGUCACUUGUGGCUGCAUGUUUUACCUCUUGCAUUGGCAUUGCCAAUUUUCGUAUAGGGAAUUUGUUUGGUUUUGAAGCUUUUUGAUGACUUGACAAAUUGGCCAUAUGCGACUUGUAUUAGUACCGAUAUUAUAGAGGAUUUUUGCUAUUUCUGUGAAAUUGACAGCACUCAGCAAUCUUACGUAUGUGUUUUGCUUUCCUUUCCAA